AUGGUUGCCUGGCAGAGCUUAGCAGUCAUCGCUGCUGCUUCCACCCUUGCCAUCGGUGCAGAUGCCAGAAAACUUCCAUCUGGUGUUUGCUACGCCCCGUGGCACCACCAUAAUGUCAAUUGGGGCGUACUCGCUGGCGAUAUGGCGCAAGUGUCCCAGCACUUCUCCAGUAUCCGCACAUACCAAGCGCAGUUCAGCGGCGUGAACGCCAUCACAAUGGCAGCAGCCGCAGGCCUUCACAUCGCCGUCGGCGUGCAGCUCACAGACCCUCGCUGGAUUGACUCUGAGAUCCAGGCAGUGUGCGACGGCUACGCGAAGAACUCGUGGGCUGUUGAAGCUGUUUACGUCGGCAACGAGGAUCUCAGAAACGGGAACUUUGGCAAGUAUUCGGCCGAUCAGAUCGCUGGCUACAUCCGUCGCGUGAAGAGCUGCGUGGGCAACACGCCCGUUGGCUCCGCUCAGCGUAUUAACGAGUGGCUGGGCGCUGACAGCGCCUGGACGUUGGCUAACGCCUGUGAUGUUAUUGGUGUUAACAUCCACCCAUUCUUCACGCCGGGCUCGCAAUCGGCUCUGAAGAAGUUGGAGGCUCAGUGGGACCAAAUGGUGUCGAAAUUCGGCGCCGCUAAGGUUCGUCUUACUGAGACGGGCUGGCCGUACGCUGGAGAAAGUUAUGCUGGCAACGUCCCGUCCAAGGGCGCUAUGACACAGCUCUUCUACGACUACAUCUACGGGUGGUGCCCUAACAAGAGUCAGUCGUACUGGUUCAUGAUGUACGACACGACGGUGAGCUACACGGGCGCAGAACACGAAAAGCACUGGGGUCUCUUCGGAACGGACAAGUCGCAGCACAUUAACAUGCCAUGA